AGUUCUCUCAGCUGGGUGACGCUGCAUUAGGCGACAUGGCUAAUCUCUGUGUGUUCAGCGUGUUGGUCCUGUCCUUGGUUAUUGAGACCCAGACUCUAACCCCAUCCCAUCAUCUGACCACCACUGAUGUGGCCAGACUGCAGGCUGUAUUGAGCCAGCCCCUCACUGAUCUCAAGUCUGCCUAUUACUCUGUUGUUGGACUUAGGAAGCUGGGGAUCUUUGUUGCAGAUGCAGAUGAGACAUGCAGAUUUAUCAAGUCAAACCUUGACCCCUCUAGUGUCGAGUCACUGUUUUAUGCAGCAGAAUCUAGCCAAGCUCUUACUGGAUGUGAGAUUCUUGUGUCAAAUGACACGCGUGAUUUGUUGUUGGCCACAGUGAGUGAGGACUCCACUGUCUCUCAGAUCCAUCACUCUGUGAGUGCUCUCAGCUCUCUUGGAUUACCUCUGGCCUCACAGGAAGUAGUCAGUGCCCUUAAAUCUCGUAUCUCCAAAGAAGACAAUGUCUUAGCAAUCAUUCUGGCACUGCAGACUGCAGCUCGUCUGUCUCAGCAAGCUGAACUUGGUGACAUCUUGGAAGAAAUUGAGGACCUGGCUGCCCGUUUAGAUGAUCUAGGUGGAGUGUAUCUUCAGUUUGAAGAUGGCCUGGAGGCCACAGCACUGUUUGUUACCGCUGCAUACGCCCUGUCUGAUCAUGUGGAUGUUGAACCUCCCUUGAAAGAGGAACAGGUGAUUCAACUGGUGAAUUCUAUCUUCAGUAAGAAAUCUUGGGACUCUCUCUCGGAGGCAUUCAGUGUGGUCAGUGCGGCAGCAGCUCUUUCCAACAAUCACUUCCAUGUGCCUGUUAUUGCUAUUGCACAGGGCCCCGCAGCUGUAUCCCACAGUCAACCCUUUCUUCAGCUUCAGGUGACAGAUGUCUUGUGCCAGCCAUUGAGUUCAGCCAGCGUGCUGGUGGAGUCUGCCAGUUCUGUGUCCUCAAAAUCUGCAAUCCUAAGCCAGGCACCCUUUACCUUCAGAGAUGGGAUUUUUGAAUUGAAUUUCAUGGCCAACCAACCAACGAGUGGCUAUUACCAGUUCUCUGUUGCCAUUGCUGGUGACCGCCGAUUUGUUGCCAACCAUGUUGAGCUCAAAGUAAAGGUCUCCACCAGGGUUGCAAUUAACAAUAUGGAUUUAUCUGUGGUGGACAAGGACCAGAGCAUUGGCCCCAAAACAACAAGAGUUGAAUAUCCAACUAAAGCCAAAUCAUCUUUUAUGGCUGAUAGCCAUCAAAACUUUGUAAUGACCUUCCAGUUAGUAGAUGAGAUCACAGGCGUGGAACUUACCCCUCAUCAGACUUUUGUAAGGUUGCACAACCAGAAGACAGGUCAGGAAGUUGUGUUUGUGGCUGAACCUGACAGUAAGAACUUGUAUAAGUUUGAGCUGGACACAGCUGAAAGAAAGGCAGAGUUUGACUCUAUCUCUGGCACCUAUGCUCUUUACUUGAUGGUGGGAGAUGCUACACUGGAGAACCCCGUUUUGUGGAAUGUGGCUGAUGUUGUGCUAAAGUUCUUGGAUGAAGAGGCACCUUCAACAAUUCAGGCUAAAACUUUGUACAUACCUAAACCAGAAAUCAAGCAUCUGUUUAGAGAACCAGAAAAGAAGCCACCCACAGUUGUAUCUAACACUUUUACUGCCUUGGUCCUUUCUCCGUUUCUUCUGCUCCUUAUACUGUGGUUUAAACUAGGAGCAAACAUCUCAAACUUCACACUGUCACCCAGCACUAUUCUUUUUCACAUAGGCCAUGCAACGAUGUUGGGCCUGAUGUAUGUAUACUGGACUCACUUGAACAUGUUUCAGACCCUUAAGUAUCUGGCUAUCAUAGGCAGCCUGACAUUCUUGGCUGGGAACCGUAUGCUGGCACAGAAAGCAGUGAAAAG